AUGCGAAAUGCGGCCUCCGACGAGCUCUUCUGCCAGGCCGACUCGCGCUACGACAUCCUCGGCACCCGCGGCCGAGUCUGCAACUCCAGCUCGGCCGAGCCCGACGACUGCCGACGCAUGUGCUGCGGCCGCGGCUUCGUCACGCAUCACCACUACGCCAUGGAGCCGUGCAACUGCAAGUUCGUCUGGUGCUGCGAGGUCAAGUGCCAACAGUGCCUCGUCCUCAAGACCGAAGAGACCUGCAUCUGA